AUGGCGCCCACAGUUCAGCAGAUGCCUCCGGUUCCCAACAGGGAGGACAUCGGAGCAACAUGGAAAUAUCUCGAGGCCGGGAUCCAGCGUAUCAUGCUUGAUCUCGAGCGCGGUAUUGACAUGCAGAUCAAGGCCGUUGGGCUCUCAGUGCCUCAAGGAAGUAUUGGUUCUGGCAAUCACAGAGGAGCCCACCUCCUUGGCGAGGAACUUUACAAUAAGCUCAUCGAAUACCUCAAGUCCCACCUCGAAGGACUCGUCCAGCAAUCCAAGACACACACCGACGAGGCUCUCCUGACAUUCUACAUCAAAGAAUGGAACAGAUACACGGUCGCCGCCAAAUACAUCCACCACCUGUUCCGGUAUCUGAACCGACACUGGGUCAAGCGUGAAAUGGACGAGGGCAAGAAAAACAUCUACGACGUCUACACGCUCCACUUGGUCCAAUGGCGUAGGGUGCUGUUCGAAGACGUAUCUGGGAAGGUCAUGGAGGCGGUGUUGAAGCUCGUCGAGAAGCAACGCAAUGGCGAGACGAUCGAGUACGGCCAGAUCAAGCAAGUCGUUGAUUCCUUCGUGUCCCUCGGCCUCGAUGACUCCGAUCCCACCAAGUCGACCCUCGACGUCUACCGCUUCCACUUCGAGAAACCGUUCUUAGAACAUACGAAGACCUACUACCAGAAUGAGUCUAAGCAGUUCGUGGCCGAGAACAGCGUGGUCGAAUACAUGAAGAAGGCUGCUGCUCGUUUACAGGAGGAGGAGGAGCGUGUCAAGAUGUAUCUUCACGCUGAUAUCAUCAAUCCCCUCCGGAAGACCUGUAACCAAGCUCUUAUUGCGGAUCACUCCCAGCUCUUGCGAGACGAAUUCCAGGUCCUUCUCGACAACGACAGAGAAGAAGACAUGGCCAGGAUGUACAACCUUCUAUCAAGAAUUCCCGAAGGUUUGGAUCCUCUCCGCCAGAGAUUCGAGACUCAUGUCCGUAAGGCCGGCCUGGGAGCAGUACAGAAGGUGGCAUCGGAUGCAGAGAAGCUGGAGCCCAAAGUCUACGUCGAUGCGCUGUUGGAGAUCCAUUCUCAGUACUCGGGCUUGGUAACGCGAGCUUUCGAAGCUGAGGCAGAGUUUACGAGAUCCCUUGACAACGCCUGCCGCGAAUUCAUCAACAGAAACGAGGUCUGCAAGUCGGGCUCCAACAAGUCUCCUGAGCUGUUGGCCAAGUACACGGAUGUUCUGCUUCGCAAGAGCAGCACCGGAAUCGAGGAGGGCGAGCUUGAGAACACUCUCACGCAGAUCAUGACCGUUUUCAAGUACAUCGAGGACAAGGACGUCUUCCAAAAGUUCUACUCCCGCAUGCUGGCUCGCAGAUUGGUCCACAGUAACUCCUCGUCGGACGAUGCAGAGACAAGCAUGAUCAGUAAGCUUAAAGAGGCGUGCGGUUUUGAGUACACGAACAAGCUCCAGAGAAUGUUCCAGGACAUGCAGACCUCCAAGGACUUGAACGUCAGCUUCAAGGAGCAUGUUGCGGGUCUUGGCAUUACCAAGAACGCUCUGGACUCCCAGUACUCGAUCCUGGGUACCGGUUUCUGGCCGUUGACAGCACCAAACACCAGCUUCACUCCACCCGCUGAGAUCAAUGAGGACUGUGAGCGAUUCGCUCGCUUCUACAAGAAUAGGCACGAGGGUCGCAAGUUGACGUGGCUCUGGCAGUUGUGCAAGGGUGAGCUGAAGGCAGGGUACUGCAAGAACAGCAAAACGCCCUACACCUUCCAGGUGUCGGUGUAUCAGAUGGCGAUCUUGCUCAUGUUCAACGACAAGGACAAACACACCUACGAGGAUAUCGCCGGUGUGACCCUGCUAAGCUCUGAGGUCCUGGACCAGGCUCUGGCCAUCCUGCUCAAGGCCAAGGUUCUCAUCAUCUCCCCCGAUGGCAAGCCCGAGGCAGGCAAGAGCUUCAGGCUCAACUACGACUUCAAGAGCAAGAAGAUCAGAGUGAACUUGAACCUCGGAGGAGCCAAGGAAGCCAAGCAGGAGGAAGUGGAGACCAACAAGACGAUCGAGGAGGACCGCAAGCUGUUGUUGCAGUCUGCCAUCGUUCGUAUCAUGAAGGCGAGAAAGAAGAUGAAGCACACGCAGCUCGUCAGCGAAACUAUCAACCAGAUUCGGUCGCGCUUCGUGCCAAAGGUUUCGGAUAUCAAGAAGUGCAUAGAGAUUCUCCUCGACAAGGAGUACUUGGAACGGCUCGAGGAUGACGAGCUUGGAUACUUGGCGUAA